UCUGAGGAAACCACAAGAAAAAUGAGCGAAGUGGCCGUGGCUUGUGCAAAGACCGCCAGAAAGGACAAGAAUCUCAAAGACGAAAAAGUAUCGGCGACCUUGUGUUUCGAUUUAACUUUAGACCAUCCAUAUCCACAUCUUAUAAAAAUAAUUCGAGAACUUGAAGGUGAAAUAGAAAUUCGCAAAGCGAUUGCGGGUAAAGCUUGGUCAAUAAUUAAUGAUAGCGCUGCGAUUUUCAUUGCAUCAAAGGUAGCUAAUGUUCAAUUAAAUGAGAUAACUAAACAAGGGACUUUAUGGUGGAGGGUUGCUCAGAUCGAUGUUUACGAAGUAUCAGAUGAAAUAUUACGUCUUUAUCAGAUUCGUAAACCGAAACUGAACGGUGAAUCAAAACAUCCUCUUGAGGAUGCUGAAAUUGUUGUAGAAAAUCCUUAUGAGGAUCUUUCAGAGAAUUGUACACCACAGAUAGGGCAGCAAAGUCAAAGUCCUGAUGUACAAAUUGAAGAAACUCCUAAUAAUGAAACACCGACAGAACAUGAUGAUGAGAUGGAAGAUGGCCAAAUUUUAGAUGAAGUAACAAUUAAUGGAACAGAUCAGCACAUGGGAAAUGCGGAACCAAACGGGAACACAGGGAUGAUCUUGGAUUCCAAUGACGAAGAUCAACCUUUAAACUGA